CAUUAGACAUGGCUCCAAAAACCGGCGCCGAUAAUAAUGGCGGUAUUAGAGAAGAACUAUCUCAUAUAUCGUAUCUUUUGAAGGUUAUUCAAGAACGUGUUGAAAAAAUCGAAGUCGAUAUAAAAGGAGAUUCCAUUAAAACAAAAGAACAAGAUUCUGGGUUGAGGAUGGUAAUCAUGGGACCGCCUGGCGCUGGAAAAGGAACUCAAUCGCAGAACAUUAAAGAUAAAUAUUGUGUUUGCCAUCUGGCUACUGGCGAUAUGUUACGUUCCCAAGUUGCUGCGAAAACUAAACUUGGUAUGGAAGCUAAAAAAAUCAUGGAUUCAGGAGGUUUGGUACCCGAUGAAAUCAUGGUUGGAAUGAUUCAUGAUGAACUGCACAGUAAUCCAAAAUGUAAAGACGGCUUCAUUUUGGAUGGGUUCCCUCGUACAGUACCUCAGGCGCAAAAACUUGACUCCAUGUUGAAAAAGGAUGGUAAAAAAAUUGACCAUGCUGUUGAGAUGGUUAUUGAUGACAAUUUGCUGGUCUCGCGCGUUACCGGUCGUUUGAUCCAUCAGGCUAGUGGUAGGACGUAUCAUAGAAUUUUCAAUCCGCCAAAAAUUCCGGGCAAAGAUGAUGUCACAGGCGAGUCACUUAUUCAACGUUCAGAUGAUAAUGAAGAAACUUUAAAAAAGCGGCUUGCUAGUUAUCACAAACAAACCGCUCCUGUAGUAGAAUAUUACAAAAAAAAGGGUAUUUGGUCUCCUGUUGAUGCUUCUCAAAGUACUAGCGUAGUUUGGGCAAGUUUAUUAGCAAUUUUUGAUAAGGGAAAACAUAGAGGAGAUUAA